CGCCCACCAGGAUCCGGAACCAGGGCGACUUGGAGCCGGUCUACUAGAUCAAAGAGUGAGCACUUCCGGAAGUGGAGAGCUUUGUUUCCAAGAGGGAAGGUCUUCUGAGCCGGACCGGAGACUGAUGUAGAGUCCUCCCUGUCUAUGAAAUGCAGUUGUCACGGCAGUUGGACUUGUUUCCUGAAUGCAGGGUGACCCUCCUAUUAUUUAAAGAUGUGAGAAAUGCAGGAGACUUGAGAAAAAAGGCCAUGGAAGGAUCUAUCGAUGGUUCAUUGAUAAACCCUCAUGUGAUUGUCGAUCCAUUUCAGAUACUUGUGGCAGCGAACAAAGCCAUUCAUCUCCAUAAACUGGGAAAAAUGAAGACAAGAACUCUGUCUACUGAAAUUAUCUUCAACCUCUCCCCAAAUAAUAAUAUUUCAGAGGCUUUGAAGAAAUUUGGUAUCUCAGAAAGUAACACAUCAGUUCUGAUUGUUUACAUCGAAGACGGAAGAAAACAAAUAGAUCAAGAACACCUAAUCUCUCAAGUGGAAGGCCAGCAGGUGCCUUUGGAAAGUCUUCCAGAAAUAACAAAGCUCUCAGAAGUCAAAAAGAUAUAUAAGCUGUCACCACAAGAAGAGAGUAUUGGGACAUUAUUGGAUGGCAUAAUUUGUAGAAUGGCAACAAAGGAUGUUUUAUAAGAUGUUUAAAAUUAUCAACAGGAAAAUCUCAGUUAAUCACUAGCUUUUCUUUCCUGGUUAUAAAAUUAACAUACUCAUCACAGAAAAAUGGAAAAAGAAACCAAUACCAGCCCUACAUUUUUUUUACUUCUUAAAGAUAACCUCUGUUA